GCUACUCUGGCCUUCUUUUACAAUAUUCCAAAGAUGAUUGAUGAUGGAAUCAUUGACAGUAAUGGGACUCCGUUCAAGAAACAAAUGAUUCAGUUUGCACCCAACACGCCUGAAAUCGACAGUACGAACUUUAUUUGGGCAAACAUUGGUGGCGGCUUAGCCCAAAAGAUACUCUUUGACUAUACAAACAAGAACAGAGAAGCUGUGAAAGUGGCAGACACCUUUAUUGGCAACUCAACCUAUGACUUUGAACCUGAAGCGUUCAACUUGGUUCCAAAUAUGCUUCCAAUAGGACCUCUUUUGGCGAGCAACCGACAAGGAAAUUCAACAGGAUACUUCUGGCAAGAAGACUCAGCUUGCUUGGAAUGGCUUGAUCAACAGGAGCCUAACUCAGUCAUUUAUGUUGCAUUUGGCAGCUUCACAGUUAUAGACAAGAUUCAAUUCCAGGAGCUGGCACUAGGACUUGAACUCACCAACAAGCCGUUCUUGUGGGUUGUUAGGCCAGACAUUACUGACGGUGCCAAUGAAGCGUUCCCAGAUGGGUUUGAAGAAAGGGUAGCCAACCGUGGGAAAAUGGUGGGUUGGGCUCCGCAACAGAAAGUUUUAAGUCACCCUUCCAUUGCCUGCUUCUUUAGCCAUUGCGGUUGGAAUUCAACCAUGGAAGGUUUAAGCAAUGGGCUUCCUUUCUUAUGUUGGCCAUACUUCGCUGACCAAUUCAUCGAUGAGAGCUACAUUUGUGAUGUUUGGAAGGUGGGAUUGAGGUUUAAAAGAGACGCAAGUGGAAUCAUUACACGAGAAGAAAUUAAAAGUAAGAUAGAUCAAGUGGUUGGUGAUGAAAAAUUUAAAGGAAGAGCUUUGGCACUCAAGGAAACUGCCAUAGAAACUGUUAAAGAAGGCGGUCAGUCGAACAAGUGUUUCAACAAAUUCAUUGAGUGGAUCAAGGCAUAGGAAGUAGGAACUGGCCACAAGUAAUGAUGGAUCAUUGUUAAGGAAAAUAAAACAUGUAAUAACAACUUGGAAAUCUCUGCCAUCACAACCAGGGUUUUAAUUUCAUUGUGUAUUUCUCUUUUAUGAUAUAUUUGGAGAAUCGAAGUCAUUUUUAAUUUCUAAUAGUCUUUCGCAUUAUUCCCUUUGAACUUUUCUAGUUGU